AUGAAUGAUUGUUACAAUAUCGAUUCAUUAGAUAAAAUGGUAAAACAUACUGCCGGUGGUGAUGAAGUUUAUUUGACAAAACAACAAUUACAAGAAUCUCAUUCAUCAUCGUCAUGUUCAUCAUCUAUUUGCUCAUCAUCAAUUGGUUUAUCACCAACAACAUCACAAUUUCAACACAAUCCCAUUUUAUCUGAUACAACAACUGAGCAACAACAAGGCUUAUCAACAAUAUCUUCAUCAUCAAAUACCAUUAUUGAUCCAGAUUUAGCUCAACAUAUUGAAUAUGAAUUAGGUUUAACAAAAAAAAAUGGCAAUAGUAGUGGUGGCGGUGGUGGAACGAGAAAGAAUGCGUGGGGUAAUUUGUCCUAUGCUGAAUUGAUUACAAAAGCGAUUAGUAACAGUCAAGGUCAAAGACUAACAUUAUCGGAAAUAUACGAUUGGAUGAUUAAAUAUGUGCCAUUUUUUAGAAAUAAAGUGGAUCGAAACAGUAGUGCAGGAUGGAAGAAUUCGAUUCGCCAUAAUUUAUCAUUACAUAAUCGCUUCAAACGUGUACAAAGUGAAGGUACUGGAAAAAGUUCAUGGUGGAUGAUUAAUCCAGAUGAAAAAAAUCCAAAUUCAAAUUUAACAUUAACAAAAAAACAAACACGACGACGUUUACAACAACAACAUUCAUUACCAGUGACGAGCGAUUCUAAUAAUAAAACGUCUCAUACGACAAUUCAAUCUCGACGUACUCGUCAUACAUCACGUACAUCGAAACUAUUAAAUGAUAAUAAUUUAAAUUCUGUAAACAUGAGUACGUGUAUUGAACAAUCUUCUUCGGCCUACGAUAAUUCUAAUACUAUUACGUCGUUACCAUUGCCGUCGUUACAAAAUGAUGGUAGACAUCUCUUGGUCGACAUUUAUGAUACGUCAGAUUAUGAUAAUCAGCAAUGGUCUCAACCGCAGACCGAUCUAGUUGAUGCAGCAAAUCUUUAUGAUCAUUCUAACACAGAUUUAUAUCAUACGUACAGCACAUUCGACGAUAGUGGACGAUAUCACAAUGAGUCACAUUAUCAACAACAACAGCAGUCACCGUAUGAUCAACCACCAUUUUGUCCAUCGAUGUAUCAUUCGGAUUACCAUCAACAUCAUCAGCAACGGCAUUCUGCCUACUAUCAACAAGAGCAAACUUCGUUAACAGCCUCGGCUGAUACGUUUCCAUCAUCUUACAGUUUACAGCAGCCUCAAGAGGCAUCAGACGAUCAACAUAUUAAUUAUUUUUCAAGAGCAUACUCAUCUUCAUCUCAUUCUUCAUCAUCACUGUCACCACCACAAUUAAAUAACGCUCUUAAUACUACUGUUUACCCUACAACAGCCACCACAUCAUCCUCAUCUUCAUGUACAAACGGUUUAAGUAGAAAUUCGUCUGUAAAUAGUUCGAUUCAACCGCCACCAAUACAACAUUAUGAAAACUAUUCAAUAAAUCAUACUCAUCAUAAACCCGAUUGUCGUCAUUCUAAUACUAAUGGUGGUGGCCCAAUUUUCAAUGGUCACCGUCAUUAUCAUGAUAUUGAAACACUGUUACAUCUAAAUUCCGUAGACGAUGAUGAUUUAUCAUCACCAACAGUGACUAUUAAUGAACGAUUUUAUACCGGUGGACAACAGCAACAACUACAACAGCAUCAGCCAAAUCCGAUAUUACGUACAGUUUUAAAGCGAGCACAUCCAUUUUUAGGAACAGAAAGUAUUUCAUCGUUCAACGCUGCAUUUUAUGCAAAGAACAUCACAAAUACAUGUGAAACCCUUAUCGAAUGGUGCGAGAAAGGCGAUACAAUGAUUGUAGAUCGCGGAUUCCGUGAUGUUAUCGACUCUUUUGUUGAAAUGGAUUAUGAACCCAAAAUGCCCGAAUUUUUGACUAAAGGACAAAAGCAACAUACUGUUGAACAAGCAAACAGAUCUCGUCUGAUCACAAAAGUUCGAUGGAGUGUAGAAUCGUCCCAUGCUCGUAUGAAAAAAUGGAUUUUGUUAGGUGGUCGAGUUGAAAACGCUUUCAUUCCAAAACUUGCUGAUUGCGUACGUAUCGUUUCGGCUGCACUUAACUGCUACCGAGGUCCGAUCGGUCAAAAUACUAUUAAUAGCGACGAUAGCACUCUUGCACAAUACAUGUGUCAACAAAUCGGCUGCUGUAAUAUUCUAUUACUUUAUUCUAUCACUUUGCUGUAA